CCAUCACCAUCUCCAUAGCAUGGGGGCUUCGCCUGUCAUCGACCUUGCAUGCAUCCUAGAGGCCUAAAUGCCUCGCCAGCCAUUGCAAGGAUGAAAGUCAACCCCGCCACCGUCGCUUUGCGCGUCUUUCAGCCUCAACGUCCUCCUUUCAUUCAGCAUGCUUGGCAGUCUUCAUCCAGCUACAACCAUCAUCACACUGAUUCCAUCUUUGAUUAACUACCAUCAAUGAGAUGCCGGCCUGUCUGUUCUCUCAUCGUCUGCUCGCGUCCUCAUAUCGCCUAGGCAUCGCCCACCACCUAAGAGGUCUUUAAGAUCUGAUGUUCUCUCCCCGACCAAAAACUCGACCGUUUCAAAUAGAGGUCCACCGCUCGUAUUUGUGUCAUGGGCGACCGCCUUGACUACAAUAACUAUACUGUCGCUUGGAUCGGUGUUCUCCCCAUCGAAGCCGAAGCCGCUCUUGGGGUGCUGGACAAGAGACACGAGGGCCGUUUCGAAUCACUGAGCAGCGACGACUAUAUCUACAUUGGAGGCGAGAUCAACAAUCACAAUGUUGUCAUUGCUACCUGGCCAGCUGGCCAAAACUAUGGCCCUAGCUCUGCCGCUGCAUUAGCGAACCAGGUCAAGGCCCGCUUCCCACGCCUCUGGAUUUCUUUGCUGGUAGGCGUCGCCGCAGGUCUUCCAAACCUCACCCCGAAGGAUCCAAGCAAAUACCGGGAUAUUCGACUAGGUGAUAUCCUCGUGAGCGUACCCGACCAGGGGAACACUGGAAUCUUCCAAUACGAUCUUGGCAAAGCGACCGCAGAGGGGUUUCUACGCAAUGGCCGCCAAGCUGAAACCGCUGCAAUUGUCCGAUCCGCUAUCAAAAACAUCCAACUCACCAAGGAGAGGCCGUUCAAGAAAGGGAAUCAAUUCGCGACAUGGCUGGCUGACUUUCAAGCAUCCAGCCAAAAUGAUAAAUUUUCCUGUCCGAGUCAAGAACAGGAUAGAUUGUGCGAGAGUCAUCCAGAAAAAGGCCCAGCGUUGCAACCUGUUCUGAUCAAACGGCAACCGCGGGAUGAGUCUGAACGCACGUUGGUGUGGUAUGGCACCAUUGGCUCCGGGAGCACUUUGAUGAAGGAUGCUGCGCAAAGAGACCAACUGAGAGAUGAGCACGAUAUUAUUGGUCUAGAAAUGGAAGCAGCCGGCAUAAUGAACACUCUUGCACCUGGCGUCAUUCGAGGCGUCUGUGACUACGGAGACGCACAGAAGAGCAAGGAUUGGCAACCAUACGCAGCAGCUGUAGCCGCCGUUUAUGCCAAAGGCAUCCUCUAUACGAUCACCCCAAAGAUUGAUUCAGUCCAUAACAUCAUCCCAUCUGCCGAUGUCUGCUUCAGAGAAUACACGCCACUGUGGCUUGUACCAUUCGAAAGCAAAGACAAGUUUGUGGGACGUGCAUCCCAAUUGGACCGAUUGACAAAACUUCUGUUCCCAGGAGAUCGCUAUGGUAAGGUUGCUAUCACCGGCCUGGGAGGGGUAGGAAAGAGUCGAAUGGCUUUGGAGAUGGCUUAUCGGACCAAAAAACAACGCCCCUCGUGCUCAGUCUUCUGGAUCCAAGCAACGGAUUCCUCGAGUUUCGAACGAGAUUGUCGGCAAAUCGGCCAAGAAUUGAACAUAGCUCAAAUUAACGACUCAAAAGAGGACGCGAAGCUGCUUCUGAAGCAGCAUUUCAACUCCGAAAGGACGAAUGAGUGGCUUCUGAUUAUCGACAACGCCGAUGACGUGGAUCUCUGGACGUCUCGCACUGUCAGCGACGGGAGAUCAACGACACCUUUGAUGAAUUACGUUCCUAGAAGCUCAUCCGGGGCGAUCCUAUUAACAACACGCAAUCACCAAGUCGCUGUCAGGAUAGCUCAAAAAAAUAUUGUCCCUCUGCAAGAGCUGAACGAGAAUGAUGCACUUACCAUGAUGAAGGACCAGCUGAUUCAUCCUGAGAUUUUAGACGAGAAUCCAUCGACAACAUCUCUAUUACUGGAGCAUCUAGCCUUUCUACCAUUAGCAAUCGUCCAAGUCGCUGCCUACCUGAACGAGAACCAAAUCCAGGAUAUCAAUGCAUAUCUCCGGCUCUGGGAUUCGACGGAAGAAGCGACAGUCGAGUUGCUCAGCGAGGAAUUCGAGGACGAGUACAGGGAUCGAGAAGCGAGGAAACCGGUGGCUGCCACCUGGCUCAUUUCGUUCGAGCAGGUACGAAAGCAAAAUUCGUUGAGCGCGGAUUUGCUCGCCUUCUUGGCCUGUUUGGACUUCAAGGCUAUUCCGGAGUCUCUGUUCCCGUUUGCGAUGUUUGGGACAGGCUUCAAGGACAAUCGUAUGACCAAGGCGAUCGCAGUUCUCACUGGCUACGCCUUUCUUCGAAUCCAAGAGAGCAGCAAGCACGACCCUUUGUACGACAUGCAUAGACUGGUGCACCUAGCAACGCGAAACUGGCUUCGGCAGCAAGAUUCACUAGCAGGUUGGGUUAGAAAGGUAGCUCUGCAUUUAGAUGAUUGUUUUCCGACAGCCGAUAUUAUGAGUAAGAGAAUAUUGGGACGUUAUUUGCCGCACGCAGAGAAAGUCUGCAGUUCACCGGAGAUAGAGGAUGAUGAAGGACGGUUCGAGCUACUGCGCACGCUAGGUUAUUGUUACUGUGAGGAUGGGAAGUAUGGCAAAGCGGUUGAUGCACUUCAAAAGGUCGUUUCGUGGCGGACAGAACGCUUUGCACCAGAAGAUGUGAAGUCCUUAGAGGCAUGCAGCGAACUAGGAGAAAGUCUUGUACUCUUGGGAUCAUACCACGAGGCGGAGAUUUGCAAUCAAAGAGCUGUUGAUGGGCUUACGGGAGUAUUGGGAAUUGAACAUGCGACCACUGUCAGAAGCGUGGCCAGAUUGGCUAAGACAUACUUUGCCCGCGGAAAAUUGGAGAAAGCUGAAGAGCUGCAAGAGCAGGUUGUCGCAAUCCGGAAAAGGACGCUUGGCGAGGAGCACGGAAUGACACUUGAUAGUGUGAACCAUUUGGCACUAUCAUAUAGAGCUCGUGGAAGACUCGACAAGGCAGCGAAAAUCCAAGAAGCAGCAAUGGAGGCGGCGAGAAGGAUCUUCGGAGAACAACACCGAAGUAUGACUUCCUACAUGCACAAUUUGGCAACCACCUACCUUAACAAGGGACGGUUGAAGGAUGCAGAAGAAUUACUUUCUGGUGUGCUGAGGAUCAGAAGAAAUGCUUUCGGGGAGCAGCACCCGAGCACACUCCAAACUAUGGGCACCUUGGCAUCGGUCUAUCGCGAGCAAGGGCGACUCAAGGAUGCAGAGGAAAUGGAAUUAGUGGUGCUGGAGGUCAGAAGAAAGAUAUUUGGGGACGAGCACCGUGACACACUUGUCGGUCUCAACAAUUUAUCGGAAACGUAUCGAAGACAAGGGCGACUGGAGGAAGCGAAGGAUCUACAACUUGAGCUGCUUGCAACGAGUAAACGUACUUUGGGCGAGGAUCAUCCUGAUACACUCACCUUUAUGUCGUCCCUUGCAGACACCUGUGAAGAACUAGGGUGCCUCGAGAGAGCAGUGGAUCUUAGCGAGGAAUGCCUCAGAUUCCUGCGACAGGUACUGGGAGACGGUCAUCCUGAGACACUGAAGACUAUGCAUAACCUUGCCUUACGUUGGGAUAAGACUGGACGUCUGGAGGAGGCAGUGGCCUUGAUGGAUGAAUGCGUCGAGAUUGAGAGACAGAAAUAUGGUGACGAUGUUGAUCCAGACAGAGUCCUCUCCAUGGAAUGCCUUGGAAUACUCUUACAUAAAGCGGGACGGCAAGAAGAAGCGAUCACACUGAUGGAGGAAUGUCUCAAAAUCUCGGGGGAAACUCUUGGGGAAGAUCAUGCUAGAACCAUCGGCGCACGAGAAUGGCUCGCAGAAUGGAUGGGAGAAGACAAUGGAGAGAACCACGAAGAGAACCACGAAGAGAGAGAGGCCAUAUCCGACAACAUUAUAUCGAAGGUGCAGCAGGAGGAAGCAGUGAGCAAACCGUCGGACGAUUCAUCCUCUCGGAUGCGCUUCAAGCACGCUUUUGCCGGGGAUCUGCGUGCGACUCUCUCUGCGCGCAAAAAGACGUGAAAUACAGAUCCCCUCGACGGCAGAGGUUGCGCUGUCAGACCAGCAUUUGGUCACCGGGGGCAAUUGAUACCCUGCAGGAGAUUACGUUCAGAAGAGGAGGCUCAAGACAACGUCUCGAAGCAGGGGAUGGAUACGAAUGAACCUGAAUGCCAGUAAUGAAUGAUGGAUAGUGGGAAAUAUUUGCAACAGCUCGCCUCAGGGAUGCAUAUCCGUGCCCAUCACCUGCGAUUCUCUUUCAUCUCACCAUCACGCCUCACAAAUGCACCGACAAAGUCAAGACAGAACCCCAACAGAAUGCACGCACAUGGCCACCAACCGCUUAUAAGCAAACCGCAAGUUAGCACGCCAACCCCGGCGGAGCGACAUUGAAGAUGACCGUGAUGCCGCUCCCGUCGUUGGAGGUCAGCGUCGACUGUCCAC